CAAAGGCAGCCAGUUGCCACAGUUGCCAUGUGGGCCAUCCGAUCGCUGCGGGCCUUCGCUCCAGCGGUUGAUGCCGGCCUCGGUGCCAGGUGCUUUGGCACCAAGCGGGUCAGGCAGAGGAGGCGGUCCCGCGGAAGAAUCAUCCAGCUCAAGGAGACGCACUACGAGCCGAAACCCGAGGGCUACCAGCCUUUGCCGCUGUCUCUGCUAGCGUCGGGCCCCAUUCGCCGGGUGCUGGCGACACGCACGGUGGAGGCAAAACGCCUAGUGGGCGUGAUCGACUGGGAGAGGUACAAGUGCAAUGUCAAGGGUGUUCGAUGGCAUGCUGUCGGUGGAUGGCGAGUGACCUUCGAUAGGAAGGACCACUAUCACAACUUCUUCGUGAGGUGUAGCUGUUACUUCCGGGUUGCCAUCUAUGGGUUUGAGCGCGGCAAAGAGCUGGCGAUUGCCUACAGGAAGCGGCUUGAGGCUGAGUGGGACGAGCAACAGCGCAUUUGGGCUGAACUGGAUGCAAAGCGGGAAGCAGAGCGGUUGAAGAGGCGCGCUCGAGCCGAGAGCGAGAAGGCUAAGAGCUCCGAUUCCGCGCCAUCAGAGAUUUCGAUCUUCUGACACGUGCCAGCUGGAAAAGCGCCUGCGUGUUGGCAAGCUUUAUUCGGAGCCCUCAAAAGGAUA